CCAGGAAGGCUUUGAUCGCCGACUAAAAACCGCAGUUCAUCACCGUAGCGAAUAUAAUAAACACACACAAAAAACAUUAAUAAAACCCACGUUUUAAAAAAUAGUAAUAUCUAUAAUACAUAUAUUUACGACUGAGGGAAUUUGCCGUCCACACAGACCGAGCGACCGACGUUAAGCUGACCAUAUGGACGGAGACGGCGGUAGUGUGACCGGGGACGACGGGAGGACGGAGAGCCCGAACGAGGCGGCGCUACUAGCGCUGAUGGAGACCACGGGGUACAGCAUGGUACAGGAGAACGGACAGAGGAAGUUCGGUGGUCCGCCUCCAGGUUGGGAUGGCCCUCCUCCCCCACGAGGGUGUGAGGUGUUUGUAGGUAAGAUCCCCAGGGACAUGUAUGAGGAUGAGUUGGUGCCCGUGUUUGAGAGAGCUGGGAGAAUCUAUGAGUUCAGACUGAUGAUGGAGUUUAGUGGAGAGAACCGGGGCUACGCUUUCGUCAUGUACACUACCAGAGAGGCAGCUCAGAGAUCCAUCCAUCUCCUAGACAACCAUGAGAUCAGACCAGGGAAGUUUAUAGGAGUGUGUGUCAGUCUGGACAACUGUAGAUUGUUCAUAGGUAGGGAUGACUUCAAACACUUCGUCACGACACACGUGACCGAAGGAGUGGUAGACGUCAUAGUUUACCCCAGCGCUACAGACAAGACUAAGAACAGAGGGUUUGCCUUCGUUGAGUACGACUCUCACAAAGCAGCUGCCAUGGCACGGAGGAAACUAAUACCAGGUACGUUUCAGCUGUGGGGCCACACUAUCCAGGUGGACUGGGCCGAACCAGAGAAGGAUGUUGACGAGGAGACCAUGCUACGUGUCAGAGUGCUCUACGUCAGAAACCUGAUGAUGACGACUACUGAAGAGACACUGAGACAGGAGUUCUCUAGAUUCAAACCUGGCACUGUGGAGAGAGUCAAGAAAUUGACAGACUAUGCGUUUGUCCACUACCACUCCCGUGAGGACGCAGUGACGGCUUUACACCUGAUGAACGGAGCGCUGAUUGACGGAGCCACGAUCGAGGUCACCCUCGCCAAGCCUGUCAGUAAAGAGGGCGGUCGGCGGUUCGGUAACCGUGGUUAUGUCGGUAACAGUAACCUUGUGGGUCCCUACGGCGAUGUGUCCUCCACCGGGAAUUUUCUCUUCCAGGGACGUGAGGAUGGAGGCAUGAUGGGAGGAGGAGGAGGAGGGAUGGAGGUAGGGACUCCUCUACGACCUCUCAGCCUACCUCGCCUGGAGAGUCUCUACAUUGGAACAGGAACAGGGGAUGUAGAGAGGUGUGUGUAUCCCAUCUUCGCUGGCUCCAGUCUCUCCCCCACCAGCCUGCUGUCACUCAAACCAGGUCAGUUUAGUUCAGCGGUGACUCUGCUAGAGUACUACUGCUAUAAGAACAGCUGGGCUCUACCUGAGUACUACCUCUACUCUACACUGGGACAAGAGGGGAAGCUAAUGCUCAUAUACAAGGUCGUGAUCUCUUCGACGAGGAGUAGCUUCAUGCCAGACAAGGUGUGUACGGUGUUGGAGGACGCUAAGGAGCUGGCAGCCCAGAAUGCACUCUGGAACCUGGACUGUUCCUUCCUCAACGGUAGUUCCCCGGGUUCGCUCUCUCCUCCUCUUCCUCCCGUCUCCUACGGUUCUCUCUCUCCUCCUCCUGUCUCCAACAGCCCCGGUCUCCUCUCAUACGGCUGUACCAGAGCCUUCCCCUACCCUCUCUCUCCCACCACCCCACAGAGACUCUAUAUCCCCCCUAAUCAGAACCCGGCCUUCUUCUGAUCAUCCCUCCAUCAUCACCCGCUGUGUGAGAGGAGGGAACACAGGGAUGUGGAGGUGAACAACAUCCACUAUGUGCCUAGUUUGUUAUACGGAGACAUUUUACCUUUUGUGUUGGAUGUUUGGUUGAUUUAGUUUUUUGGGUUGUUUGGUUUUCAAAAGGCGGCCAUUCUGUAAUUCAUAUGUUAAGUUGACUCAGGAAGGGCUGCGUUCAUUCUGCUCACAGUGUUACUCUAUGCGGCAACGGUACAUGCUAAGUGGGAUCCUCCGGACGUCUAACUCUGACGUCACCCCGUUUGAAGUUGACAUUUAAAAUUGUUUUACGGUUAAGAAGAGGGUUAAGUUUAGGGUUAAGAAGAUGGUUAAGGUAAGGGUAGGGGUUAAGGUACGGGUAGGGUUUUAGGGUAGGGUUGUCCUAAGGAUCCCACAUAGCAUCUACCCAAACCCCAUAGGUCGGGUAAACAAGGGAAUUAUAGAUCAAACUGAAGAAAACUUCAUUUACUUUAGCGCUUAUUUUAUAUCUUGGCAAUAAUGAUACUUGAAUAGUAUUGACUUUUGACCAUAUGUAUUUAUAAAACAUGAUUUAAAUAUUUAAGUGACUUUUUUUAUUUUUUUACUUUAAAUGUACUGUAUUUUAUUUUUACGUCAACCACCUAUUUUAUAUUUUAUGGCAGUAUAUUUAGUUUCUAUUUUAUCGUAUAAUAUUCAAAUAUCAAACAAUGUCAAAAUUC